AUGGACUAUGAGCCAAAUGCUGCCAUUUUGCCAAGUUUGGCAAGGCUUGGUCAAUUAGAGGGAUUCGACGGCGGGCCUGCAGGACGGCGCCUGAACACUAUGGUUUUCACAGCAGCCGUCGUCUUGGUGGAGGUGUGUGGUACCCCCUUGCAGGUGGUGACCAAGGACUUGAUAGAAAGCGGCUUCUUUGGGAGUGGCUUGGGCUCCUUCAACCAGGUGAUGGGUGUGUGCUCUCGGAACACGGUAAGCUUUAAUGGGAAGGUGCUGGACAAGGUGCAGGUUUGCUCAGAGGACUGUUCCAGCCCCCUGGGAAUUCUCGAUGCCGUCCAGGCAAAGUUGCAAGGCGUACCUGAAUGGGACGACAGCGACUACAAGCUCUUAAUUUUGCCGUCGAACUGGCUGGCCGCCAACGGCAUCGGCACACUGGGCGGCACAACCUCCUGGUACUCGGAGGUUCGCGUGUGCCCGCAAUUGUAUCUGCAUGAGAUCGGCCACAACUGGGUGCUCCAUCAUGCCAGCGGAAGUGUGACCAGUCAGGAGUAUAUGGACACCAGCUCGGCCAUGGGCUACUGCUGUGAAACUCGGUGCCAUAACUUCCUGCACUCCUGGCAGCUAGGCUUUGCAGGCUACCAAGAGGAGGCCCUCUUUGCGAGUCACCUCCUUGCUGGGGUGGACUCCACUACCAUCAAGCUCAAAGCAGUGGGGACGGAUUUCACCAGUGGCCUUCUGGUUUAUGUGGAUACGAUCUACCCAGGAGAUUGGUCAGUCGUGCCAGCAACACUCACUAUUUCUUGGCGCGGGACGCUGGGCUUCGAUCAAUACUUGGAAGGAGGGUUUCAUGGAAACGCAGUGCAAGUGCAUCACUUCCAGCCAGAAAUCGACGGCAGGACGUCAAGGUCCCUGACGUACCUUUUGCAUGAGGUGCGCAGAGGUUCGACCAUCAUAAUUUGGGAUACGGACAGGCAAAGCCACCGCCUCUUUACCAGCAUCAAGAUGCAGGUCAAGGGUCAGACAACAGAUCCCGCGAGUGACACAGUGGACGUGGUCCUGUGUCCGCGCUUGCUCAAUGAGACCUGGGAGACACCCACAGAAGAUCUCCAACCAUGCCCGCCGUCGAGCGAAUCCACCCAACGAACGGAUUGGACCUCGGUCAAAAUUCAAGGAACCUUUGCUUUCGCGGGAGUGGAGUGUUCCGAACUUUCUUACCGGGCGGCAAAGUUUGCAAACGGGAUGAGAGCCGGACUGGCAUUGUCUUUCGGCACAACCAAAGCAGCCGUCACGCCGCAGCGUGUGCGAUGUGCCGACCCCAUCGUGGUGUCGUACAUGCUCAAAGUUCCUGCUAAGAAUGUAUCGGCCGUUGUGGAGAAGAUCGUGUCAAUCAGUCAGGUAGACCUAGCCUCCAAUCUCAAUACUGGUUUCGCGACCGAGGGCUUUAUGCUUUUCGACCUUGCUGUGACCAGUGUAGGUGCCCCAGAGUACGAAGGUGCAGGGGAGAAGACAACAACGACUGCCGCGACCACUUCAACAUUGGCAACGACGACGACAAACCAGGUGGCCACUACGACGACAACAACGAACCAGGUGGCGUCUACGACGUCGACAACGACUACAGAGUUUAUCUUCCGCGGUGGUCCUUGGUCCCAAUUCUUCAACGAUCAGGCUGGAUCUGAAAGGGUCGCAGCAACAAAUGCUUUGGUGGCAGUCGGUUGCUCGGGAGAAUUUUGCGGCAGCAUACGACUUAGUCACCGUGCGGACAUUGCACUGCACAACACUGUGGCGACCAUCCACCAGCUCCAAGGCGACGUUGAUUAUCUUGCUUGUCAAGUUGGCCAGAUUGCUAUGAAGUUUACUUGUGUGGGUAGCUCUUGCGCAUCAUUCCAGCUGCAUUGUGCAUUGCCGAAGGCCGGCAAGGUUGUCUUCGAGACGAGGAGUGACACUGCAUGGUUCCCUUCCCAGGUACACGGUGCCGAGGACGGCAGGUGCCCUGGCGACACCGUUGUCGUGGGCGUGCGCUGUGGCGGGGCCCAAUGUGCUACCAAGCAGCUGACUUGUGCAGUCUACCAGCCAGGUGCGUGCAUCCCUGCUUGUGGAACUCUCUCCCUGGAGUGUGGCGACGACGGCUGCGGUGGCUCUUGCGGAAGUUGUCAACGCAGCAGCGGCACGGAUGCUGCCUCAUUCUGCCGGGGUGACGUUGGGCGAUGCGUCCACUUCGCGACCACCGAAUGGGCGCAGAGCGGCAAAGAAAUGACCAAGACGAACCUUGUCAGUACUGGUAUGGGCUGUGCUGGCAGGUAUUGCGAAUCGGUGAAUUUGAUCCAGAUGAGUGCCUCCAUCGAUGCGGCUUCCUCAGAGAGAUCUGGCUGGAUCUCAGACAAUACUGGAAAGCGCUGGUUCUGGAACAGAGGUACCCAGGCUGAGGAUCAGAUCGCAGACUGCCCCGACGGAAUGGCUGUGACUUGGGUAGAGUGUACUGGCAAGCACUGUGAUAAUCUCCGUUUGCUCUGUGCCAAGCCUCUGCAGUGGGUGGUGGACAUGACGGAGGAGCCUAUCGUGACUGACUGGUUUAGUGAAGAACAGCAGCGCAUGGACUGCGAUAAGGGGAAGGUAGUGACCGGUGUGGAGUGCCAAGCCUCUAAGCGCUGGUGCAUUCGAAGCUGCGGGCAGUUUUGUGACAACAAGCGGCUGCGUUGCCGGAGCAUCCGCCCGGAGAAGGCAGGCGCUGCUGUGCUUGGCAUCCUCGCCUCGACUGACAUGCCGAAGUCUACGAAGGUUGUGCCCCCCGCAGGAAGUCCUUGGUGGUCGGGGGCCACGAACAUGAUCAGCGACGCAUGGAGCUUUGUCGAUGGGACAAGCAUGGGCGUCUCUGGUGCCCCUCAGGCUGGGACCUUUCUGUCUUUGGCUGUCGUCAUGCUGGCGAUGUGCCGAUGA